AGCCAUUGCCAAACACUUGUCUCUCUCCCGUGAUCUUUCUCCUUCUUCCACGUCUCUCUUUCAUAUCCAAACACAAGCGUCGAUCUUCGGUUCCAAGCACAAUUUAAAGGAAACCAAGUUCAGAAUUCCUCCAGCUCUGAUUUUCAGGAAUGGCAUCUUCAAGCACUAGCAUCAAAUAUCCUUCUCUACUUUAUGAAGAAGGGAAAUCGCCUCUCCAACAUAGGAGCAUGAACCACAAUUGUUUUGUGUCGAAAAUUGGAAUUUUGAGAGAAGGAUUAGGGGUGGAUGUGUGGGAUAAACUGAAGGAAUCAUCUCUUGGAGUGUUUAUAAAGUUUGUUGAAUUGGAAUACAUAUGGGCUGGGCAGAGAGUUCAUUAUCUACUCACACAUCAGCUGAGAAUCAACAACAUUCAUGAGAUUUGGUCUUUGAUCAAUGAUAGGCCAAUUAGAUUUUCUUUAAAUGAGUUUGCGGAGAUAACAAGUUUAAAUUGUGAUGCAUUUGACCCUUCAGAAAACUUUGAUGUUGAUCACCAUGAUUUCUGGAAAGAAAUGAAAAUACCAACAACCCUUGAUGGUCCUAUGUGGAGUGAGCUGCUAAAGGUGAUUGAUUUUAGCAAAGCAUGGGAUGUUGAUAAGAGAAUGAUGGUUGGUUGGUUAUGUCUAUUGUCAGUAUGCAUACAUGGAAUUCAUCAUACAUCUAGAAUCCCGUUGGCGACCGCUAAGAGAGUUUUAGAUCCAGUUGCUUUUGAAAAACAUCCAUGGGGUCAGGUGGCUUUUAGUAGUCUAGUGAAUUCUGUUAAGAUUGUUGACUACGAUAGAGAUUCAUACACCAUACACGGGUGUGUUCCUGCUAUGUUGAUUUGGCUGUAUGAGAGUGUUACUGGAAUUGGAGAAAGUUAUGGGUUUAGAAGGACAUAAACGAUUGGUGCUCCACUUCUUGAUUGGCGAUCAUCUAGAAAACGUAUCAACUUCACAAACUUCAUCAAAAAAGAGAAGGAGUUGCACGAACAGGUUCAUGUUAGGCAUAUGGUUCAUGUUUUAGAGGAAAAAAUGUAUCCUCUAUGGUUGGACGCAUAUGAGCAUACGAAUCCACACCUAGACGAGCUCAUUAAAGAUCUCAUUCAUAACUGUUUGUCUCUAGAUGCUUGGAGUUGUGUCAAAACGGUUGGUAUAAGUUCAAAAAAGAAGAAAAGAAGUGUUGAAGCUGCUAAGGAGAAGGACGAAAGAGGGUGCAAUCCUAAGAAAAAGAGAUUGACAGAUAGUGAUCCUAAAUCUGAACAAGGAGAAAAUGUAACAAACACGGAGGAAGAUAAAGAUGAGAAGAAAAUUUCUUUUGAUAUUUGGAGGGCGAUUGAAAAAAUGAAUGAGACUAUUUUUGAGUUGGGCAACACCCUCAACAGUCGAAUGGAUGCUUUGGAGAGCAAAUUUGAAACAUUUGUUGAAAAGAAAAUGACUGUGUUAGAAGAGAAGAUGAGUGAGAGGAUUAAAGCAGUGGAGAAAGAAAGAAAUGAGGCAAAAGAUGCUGGUAUACCAAACGAUGCCACUUCGCACACCAUUGAGGAUGAUGAGGGAACAAGUAAAGCACCUUCAUGGAUUGUUGAGAUGAAGCAGACAUCACAUGAUGAAUAUCCAGUUCAAAGAGCGGUCAGGAAGGUAUACACUGUCAUCAAUAAGGAGAAGAAAGAAGAAGAUGAGAUAUCAGAGAAUCUUCCUCUCUUGGAGAAGAAGGAAUCUAUUAAGGUUGAGAAGAAGAACACUUCUGAUAGUAGGAUUUUCACCCAGGGUUCAUACCACCGACCGUUGGUUACAUCCUUUGAUCCUAAGAAGAAAAAGAAAAGAGGAAUUUUCUGUUAUGAUAGACGGCUAAAGGAUAAUCCUGAGGUUAAAAAACUUUUCCUCGAGGCAUGGAACUUACACGGAGACUCCAAGGUAGAUGAGAGAAUCUCAUCCCGCAAAGAUGCCAUUAUGACCUGGAGUAAAAAGCAACAUCUCAAUAGCCAAAAAGAGAAUUUUAACCUCAUAGACCAACUAGAGGAAGCAAUGGUGGAUGACAGUGCACCCCAAGAGCUUAUUGAUCUUUUAAACGCUAACCUUCUCUUAGCUUACAAGAAAGAGGAAGCCUUCUGA